AUGCGUGUGAGUACACAGGGGGCUGGGGAUUUACGGGGGGCAGUACUGGAGAGGCAGAGGUUCAUCUCCCAGCCGUCCCCACGGCCCACUCGCCUGCUGUGGGGUCUGGGCGAGAAAAGCCCUACCCCCGCAGCACAAUGGCCCCGGGCCCCAGCCUGGCUCCAGUCUGGGCUCUCCAGCUGGUCUCUGCCCCUCCCCCAGGUGAGCCCCCGCUUCCUCCGUGCCUGGCGCCCCACGUUCGUCUCAGCCAGGAUGCCAACGAGGCGCUGGGCCCCAGGCACCCAAUGCAUCACCAAGUGUGAGCACACGCGCCCCAAGCCGGGAGAGCUGGCCUUCCACAAGGGCGACGUGGUCACCAUCCUGGAGGCCUGUGAGAGCAAGAGCUGGUACCGUGCCAAGCACCACGCCAGCGGGCAGGAGGGUCUGCUGGCGGCGGGGGCGCUGCGGGAGCGGGAGGCCCUGUCGGCCGACCCCAAGCUCAGCCUCAUGCCGUGGUUCCACGGGAAGAUCUCGGGCCAGGAGGCCGUGCAGCAGCUGCAGCCGCCGGAGGACGGGCUGUUCCUGGUGCGCGAGUCCGCGCGGCAUCCGGGCGACUACGUGCUGUGCGUGAGCUUCGGCCGCGACGUCAUCCACUACCGGGUGCUGCAUCGCGACGGCCACCUGACCAUCGACGAGGCCGUCUGCUUCUGCAACCUCAUGGACAUGGUGGAGCAUUACAGCAAGGACAAGGGGGCCAUCUGCACGAAGCUAGUGAAACCCAAGAGGAAGCAGGGCACCAAGUCGGCAGAGGAGGAGCUGGCCAAAGCCGGCUGGUUACUGAACCUACAGCAUUUGACGCUGGGUGCGCGGAUUGGAGAGGGUGAGUUUGGAGCGGUCCUGCAGGGUGAGUACCUGGGACAGAAGGUGGCCGUGAAGAACGUCAAGUGCGAUGUGACGGCCCAGGCCUUCCUGGACGAGACGGCGGUCAUGACGAAGAUACAGCACAAGAACCUGGUGCGUCUGCUGGGCGUGAUCCUGCACCAGGGACUCUACAUCGUCAUGGAGCACGUGAGCAAGGGCAACCUGGUGAACUUUCUACGGACACGAGGCCGGGCCCUCGUGAGCACGCCCCAGCUCCUGCAGUUUUCCUUGCACGUGGCUGAGGGCAUGGAGUACCUGGAGAGCAAGAAGCUGGUGCACCGAGACCUUGCCGCCCGCAACAUCCUCAUUUCCGAGGACCUGGUGGCCAAGGUCAGUGACUUUGGCCUGGCCAAAGCCGAGCGGAAGGGGCUGGACUCAAGCCGGCUGCCGGUCAAAUGGACGGCGCCCGAGGCUCUCAAACACGGGAAGUUCUCCAGCAAGUCGGAUGUCUGGAGUUUCGGGGUGCUUCUUUGGGAGGUUUUCUCAUACGGCCGGGCUCCAUACCCCAAGAUGUCGCUGAAGGAGGUGUCAGAGGCCGUGGAGAAGGGGUACCGCAUGGAGCCCCCCGAGGGCUGCCCGGGCCCCAUUCAUGCCCUCAUGGGCAGCUGCUGGGAGGCUGAGCCUGCCCGCCGGCCGCCCUUCCGGAAACUGGCGGAGAAGCUGGCCCGGGAGCUGCGCAGCGCGGGGGCCUCGGCCCCGGUGGGGGGCCAGGACGCGGACAGUUCCUCCUCGCCCCGAGGCCAGGAGCCCUGACCCUGCCCGGUGGGGCCUCAGGCCCCAGAGGACAGAGUGGAGGGUGCGGGGUCGGGGGAACGGGCCAGGCCCGAGAAGGGUCAGGGCCAGCGAGCUGCUCAUGUGGC